AUGAAUAAGGUGGUUUUGGUGACGGGAGCAAAUAGUGGCAUCGGCCUGGCGCUUUGCGAGCGUCUCCUCUCACAGGGCUCGGAAGGCCUGCAGCUGUGUCUGGCCUGCAGGAACAUGCGUCGGGGCCAGGCCGCUCGCGCUGCCCUCAUCACAUCUCACCCCACGGCUCAGGUGGCCCUGCUGCAGCUGGACACCAGCAGCAUCUCCUCUGUCAUCAGCGCCGCACGGGAGGUCAAGCUCAGGUAUAACCGAUUAGAUUACCUCUACCUGAAUGCAGGAAUCAUGCCAAACCCACAGUUCGAUGUAAAAGCCUUUUUCAAAGGCCUCUUCUCCAGCAAUAUUGUUACCAUGUUUGCUACCGGCGCGGGGAUUCUGACGCAGAAGGAUGACGUCACCUCUGAUGGCCUGCAAGAAGUUUUUACAACCAACCUGUUUGGUCAUUUCCUACUAAUAAGGGAGCUGGAGCCAGUUCUGUGCCACACAGGUCGGACCUCGCAGCUGAUCUGGACCUCCUCCAGUAACGCCCACCGCUCAGCUUUCAACCUUGAGGACAUACAGCACCUGAGGGGCACCCAGCCCUACAGCUCCUCCAAAUAUGCCUCCGACCUGCUCAGCCUGGCGCUCAACACACACUACAACAAACAGGGUUUGUACUCAUCUGUGAUUUGUCCUGGUUUUGUGAUGACCAGUCUGACCUACGGCAUCCUGCCCUCUUUCCCAGAAUUCCUCUGGACCCUGCUAAUGCCUCUCUUUUGGCUUAUAAGAAUGUUCACCAACACUUUCACCCUGACACCUUAUAAUGGAACUGAAGCCCUGUUUUGGUUGUUUAAGCAAAAUCCUGAGUCACUGGACCCACAAGUAAAGUACCAAAGCUUAACAUCUGGACUGGGCAACAACUACACACAACCACGGAAGAUGGACGUCGAUUUGGAAACGUCAGAGGUUUUGUAUGACAAAUUACUGCAACUGGAAAGUGAAGUAAGGAAGAAGCUGAAGGAAAAACAAAUAUAACCAACCCAACAUGUGUGACAGUGGUCCUGCAGGAUCUGGAUCAUCUUGAUGGAUAUCACUCAGUACUGUAAAAAAAAGAUUUUACUUCUGCA